CAGGAGGGAAGCGCCGCGCCGUGUCCCCGGCAUCCUCAGUCCUGCCCCCCGAAGUGGCGAUGCGCGAGAGGCAGGCGAGGGCGCGCAGCUCUUGAGAAGCCGCGCCAGCCGGCACCAUGCGCCUGCGGCCGCUGCCCCUCGUCGUGGUCCCCGGCUUGCUGCAGCUGCUAUUCUGUGACAGCAAAGAAGUGGUGCAUGCCACGGAGGGGCUGGAUUGGGAAGACAAAGAUGCUCCGGGGACUUUGGUGGGCAACGUGGUGCACUCAAGGAUCAUCAGUCCUCUGCGCCUGUUUGUUAAACAGUCUCCAGUGCCCAAGCCGGGUCCCAUGGCAUAUGCAGACAGCAUGGAAAACUUUUGGGAUUGGCUGGCCAACAUCACGGAGGUUCAGGAGCCACUGACAAGAACUAAACGGCGGCCAAUCGUAAAAACAGGAAAAUUUAAGAAAAUGUUUGGAUGGGGUGACUUUCAUUCCAACAUUAAAACUGUCAAACUCAACCUCCUCAUCACAGGGAAAAUUGUCGACCACGGAAAUGGAACCUUCAGUGUUUAUUUCCGACAUAAUUCGACGGGUCUGGGCAAUGUUUCAGUGAGCUUGGUACCCCCCUCCAAGGUGGUGGAAUUCGAAGUUUCCCCCCAGUCUACCUUGGAGACCAAGGAAUCCAAAUCUUUCAAUUGUCGCAUUGAGUAUGAAAAAACAGAUCGGGCAAAGAAGACUGCCCUGUGCAACUUUGACCCGUCCAAGAUCUGCUACCAGGAGCAGACUCAAAGCCAUGUGUCUUGGUUGUGCUCCAAGCCCUUCAAGGUCAUUUGCAUUUACAUCGCCUUUUACAGUGUCGAUUAUAAACUUGUGCAAAAGGUCUGUCCUGACUACAACUACCAUAGUGAGACCCUAUACUUAUCUUCUGGCUGAUCUUUCCACAGUGACGGAAAUGAGGGAUGGAGACAUAUAUAUAUAUAUAUAUAUAUUUAAUUAUAAUGACCAAGAAACAGGCCCAGCUCUUCAUGGUAAAGGAUCCCUUUUGUUUCUGGCAGUGAACUGUAGUUCCCUAUCAGGUUUUCAAAUUUAAAAAGAGAAAAAAAA